AUGGCGAAGACAACGACCGCUUGCCCGAAAGAAGGGUUGCUGGAAGAUGUUUCGAAGGCUUUGGCGCGACCUGGUACUUCUUAUCGGGAAGCUGCAGAAAAGCUGGGCGUCCACGUGGAAAAGGUCAAGAGGGCUGCUCACGAACUCGGCGGCCAGAAGCAAGAAGUCUGGAGUCUCUUACAGAUGGCCGAGAAUGCCAUCAUAGCCGUGGCCAAGCUGCCUGCACUGCUGACCCUUCUCUGUGCCCGGACACCGGCGCUUUUUGAGGCUUUUCGGAAAGCAGCUGUUCAGGCAGCCGAGAAGCCUCUAAGCCUCAUACUGUCUUUCGACGAGGCGACAGCUGGGAACGUUCUAGCCCCCGAUCCUGCCAAAAAAGCUUGCAUGGUUUACAUUGCUUGCAAAGAGGGUGCAGGCCAGCAGCCGUUCAUCUUGAGAGUGCGCAUCUCAGCGGUGAUAGCUGAUGGCGAAGCACUCAGACAGUCGCUGAGUUGCAAGGGCGCAGCAGGGCUCAAACCCUGUCACAUGUGCAAAAACGUCAUCAAGAAGAACCAUGAGAUGACAGGCUCCUUGCAGGGCUAUCUUCAGGACAUUUCUUCUCUUCCAGGUUCUUGGGAUCGCAUGACGGACGAAGAUAUUUUUGAUUUCUGCGAUGAGCAACGGCGACGAAAGAUGGUCCUCUCUGCGGCCGCAUUCAGGGAGGAAGAAACCCUGGCCGGCAUUGUCUUCGAUGAGCAGAGCUUGAUCCAGGACCAAUGGGCUCGACUUCAGCUGCCACCAAGUCUAUUCAUGUAUGACUUCCUCCACAUCUACUUCACGAAGGGUGGAGUGGCCAGUCUGGAGGUCGCUUACAUUGUGCAGCGAGCAGCCGCAGCACUGAACGUGAGCAACGAGGACUUGGCGGACCUGCUGCGAGACCAUGCCUGGCGAGUCCCUGGACACAUCAAGAACUUUGCAGGGCCGGCAAACCGAGCCCGUCUGUUCGACUCCGCUCGCUUCUUGGACCUCGCCUACAAGUCCAAGGCUUCCGACCUCCAGCAGCUCCUGCCACUGCUCGGCUGCUUGCUUGAGAUGUUGGACACGGACAAUGUGCUGCAGGCGGAAUUGCGCAGCUUCCACAAGCUGUUGCAAAUUCGCAGGGAGCUCUCCAGACUGCAGGCCCUGGACAAGGUUGAGUGCACACAGACUUUGACCAGGCUACAGACCGAGCACCACCUUCUCUGUGUCCAGGCUUAUGGACAGCAGAUCCUCCGCCCGAAACACCACUGGAGGUUUCAUGCUGCCGAACAGAUUGAAAAGUGGGAGGCUUACGUGGACACCGCACCCUGCGAGACCAAGCACCAGAUGUACAAGGGUGUGGCCGACAAAAACUAUGACACAAUGACGCAUCAUCGUGCUUGGUCGGAAGCAGUGGCGAUGAGAAUGGUUAUUUCCUGCCACGAGCAGCUGCGAACGUUCUUUGCAGAGCAGGCCCAAGUUUUCUUGGGGAAACCUACCCGCUGCACUUAUGGAGCUGGUCUGAGCUAUCGGGCUGUCAGGCUUCAUGGCCGCCAUUGGGCACAAGGCGAUUUCCUCUUGGAGCCUGUUCCAGGACAAAUUGUGCGAUGCUUGAAGGAUUCCGCGGACAGGCCUGUCCUCUUGGUCAGGCAGUAUCGGCCGGUGACAACCGCGGUCUUCAGCACUGUGUUUCGCCGCACAUCCACUGUGCGCGAGUUGCACGAUUUGCGACAUGUGCGCAACGCCUCCUGGUGGCUUUGCGAGAACGAGGAUGUGGUGCGAGCCCUUCCGUGA